AUGGAGGGGCUUCAGAACCUGCGCAAUCUGAGAAUUUUGAACCUUGCGAGCAAUCGCAUCCAAACCAUCCAAGGCUUGCAAGGACUGGACAGGUUGCAGUCCCUCAACUUGGCCCACAACUUCAUCUGUUCCUUGUCAGGCCUGACUGCCCUCCAGGGCGGCCAGCUGACCAGACUGGACCUGCGGGACAAUCUGAUCGGCUCGCUGCAAGAGCUGGCCGUGCUGGCAGGCCUGCCCAGCCUGCGCGAGCUGGCGCUGGCCGGGGGCAGCCCAGGCAACAGCGUCUGCGCGAUACCCAGCUACAGAGCCGCCGUCGCAGCCGCGCUGCCAACACUGGAGCUCCUGGACGGCCAGCCGCUGGAAGCAGAGCGCCUCCAGCAGCCCGGCAUGCAGCCGGCAGCCGCCGCGCAGCACAUGGCCUUCCUCCAGCUGCAAGCCUUCCAGCCGCCGCCGGCGCAGCCGGCCCAGGCCGCGAUUCCGCUGCCGGCUCCUCAGAUCCCCGAGGCCGUGCCAGAGCACGGCGUGCCGCACAUGCCCAUCAUUGUGCACCACAUGGCGGCAGGGCAGGAUCCGGCGGAGAGCAUAGCAGACCGGCUGGUGCAGCGGCUGGCGCAGUCGGGUGCGCUGCAGAACCUGUGGGGGGACCAGCUGCCCGCCGGCGGGCAGGGCGCGGCUGCCCGGGAGGGCCGCAUGGCUUCCCUGGAGUCGCGCCUGGCAGCGCUGCUCGACGAGCGGCUGCGGCCGCCGUUGGAGCCGAUCGAUGUCAGGGGCCGCGCGAACAGCGAGCAGGAGGGCCCCAGAAGGAAGCGCGCCGCGGCGGAGAGGUCAGGGAUCGUGCCUGCCCGGGAGUCUGGCGCACAGACUGUGGAGGAGCUUCCGGGGACUGAGAAGCUACAGAAAGAAAUGGACAGAUUACGAAGAGACUCGGAGAGGACGCUGGCAGAAUUGCAGCAGACGACCAACGAGAUCAAAGAGCAGCGGAAAUCUGCUGAGAAGGAGUUGCAAGCUGCGCAAGCAGAGUGCAAGGCAAAGGCCAGAGGUUCAUUGGAUAGAGAAGAGUUGGCGCUGCAGCGGGCAGAGGGGUUGCAGAGCAGGGUGGCUGUGCUGGAAGCAGAGUUGCUGCGGGCCAGGAGCGACUCCGCAGAUGCGGCCACUGCAGGGGCUGCAGGCGUUCAGUGGCGGCUGCAGGAAGCUGAGCUGGCAUGGCUCCGGGAAAGGCAGCGGCUCAAUGACGAGCUGGGCAGAAGCAAGGAAGCUCUGCACGUGGCGAAGCAGCAGGUGGAGCGCAUGGAAGAAGAUCGCGGCAGCAGUUCGGCUCAAGCAGCCUCCAAGAUGGAUGCAGCUAUGGAGCUGGCUCGCCAGCAGGUGGUGCAGGCGGAGCAACGGUACACUGAGGUCUGCGAGAAGCUGGAGGUGGCUGCGGUGGAGAGGGAGGAGCUGCGGAGAUCAGAGCGGCAGGCCAUGCAUAGAGCCCAGGAACUCUCUGACUCACUGCUUGAAUCCCAGGCCAAGAUGAAGGGUGUGGAGGAGGCUUGCAGGAGCGCGCAGGCGCAGCUGGAGGAGUGCAAGAGGGAACGCGACCGGUGCCUGGCCGACAGCGCAGCGCAGCUGCGGGCGGCUUCCGAGGCGCAGGCUGCCGCGCAGAAGGCGCUCGCCGCCACCGAGGCCGACUUCCGCAUUGCCUUGCAGGAGGGCAAUAAGGAAGCCGAAGCGCUGCGCGAAAAGGCUCAAGCCGCUGCUGCAGAGGCAGUGAACCUGCGCCAUGCCUUGCAGACAUCAACCGCCAGGCUCAAGGAGCAGGAGGCUGCGCUGUCAGAGGUGACUGAGAUGGCGCAGGGGCAGAAGUCAUGCAUCAUGGCCUUGAACAAGGAGCGCGCUGAGCUGGCAGCCAGGUCAGCGGAUCCCGCACAGGUGGCGGCCCUCCGCUCCGAGGCUGCCCAGCUUCACGAGCGCCUGCGCAGCUUCACCGCCCUCAAGAAUUGCGCUGCCGAGGAGCAGAAGCUGAGGGAGGGUGUUGAGGCGGAGCUGAGGCGGGUGCAAGGGGAGCUGCAGCAGCACAAGGCGAGGGCAGAGCAGCAGGCGGCGGAGGCCGAGGCCAGGCUGGCCGACACGCGCAGGGCCCUGCAGGCAGCUGAGGAGAAGGCGGCGGCGCUGUCCAAGGACGUGGACGACGCUCGCAGCGCCACAAAGGUGAAGGAGGCAAUGCUGAGGAGUGCGAACGAGAGCAUGGUUCAGCUGACGGCCGCGCUGGAGGAUGCGCAGAGGGACGCCUGCAACGCGGCCGCAGCCGCCGCGCGCACUGACAAGGACGCGGCCGCACGCCAGUCCGAGGCCGCCUCCCGCCAGCGCGUCCUCAGGCAGGAGCUGGAGGCCUUGGAAGGGGCGCUUGAGGAGGCACUGUCGCACGCGCACACCGCUGAGCAGAGGGCCACCGAGAAGGAUGAGAUGCUCAAGUAUGUGGCGGAGGAGGUGGACAGGGUGAAGGCAAUGUUUGAGGACGAGGAACGCCGCCUGACCAGCCAGCGCGACGAGGCGCUGCAGACCCAAAGGGAUGCGGCCGCGCGCGUAGCAGUGCUGCAGGGCGAGGCUUUGGCAGCCAAUGCCAGGGCCGCCGAUUUGGAGGCUCGCCUGGGCACACAACCCCAGCAGCUCGAGGCAGCGCAGGCACAGGCGAGGGCGGCAGAGGAUUCAGCAGCGCAGCACAGAGAGGAGGCGGCGCAGGCCACCAAGCGUGUGGCCGAAGUUGAGAAAGAGAUGCGGACAUUGUUAAACGCAAUGGAGCGGCAGAAAAAGGCGUCGGCGCUGAAAAUGCAGCAAUUGGCCACCGUGGUGCACGACCUGCAGCGACCGUUCCUGUCCUGGGCGCCAUCCAUGUAAUUUGUGUUGUGGCCGGCUUCGCAGCGCAGAUGUGACCUGGUCUUGUUAGUUGGUUCAAUUGUAGUGUUGAGUGCAUGAACAAUCUUUUGAUGAUGGUCUAGAAGUCUGCGCAUCGCAUAAUUUCAUGUGGCAAUGCUGCACGAGUGUACAUUACAAAGCAUUUGACAUUUUAAAAUUCCUUUCUGGAUACAAUUUUCUUUCUGCUCCUGAUGAAGCUUCGCACAUUGCAUGUGUUUAAAGUAAGAGAAAACAGAGUAGUAAUGGGACACAAUAGA